GUGCCCUGAGUGUGGAUCUGAUGCAGUGGAAGAAGACACACAUUACAGCCAGAACCACAUGGUGUGUACCGAAUGUGGUUUCCUGUUGACCGAGGGGCUGCUCACUACAACACGCACCGAAGAAACUUUCCUCCAAGGCAGAAGAUACAACAGCCUGAAAGCACGUACCACCAGGCUCACAGACAGCUUCUAUCCUGCUGUCGUCAAACUCCUGAAUGGACCUCUUGUACAAUGAGAUGGACCUUAGACCUCUCAAUCAUCAUUGUUAUGCUCUUGCACUUUAUUGUUUAUCUGCACGGCAUUUUUUUGCAGUGAAGUUCACCGAGAGCACAGCUGAAGCGAAGAAGCCCUGUCGGAAUAAAGUACAAGGUAUGAGGCGGGUCCGUGACCUGUGCCAAAUUCUCCGUCUGCGUCCAGUUGUGGAGGACACAGCCAUGGAGCUUUAUGUCCGAGCCUAUGAUCACGAUGACUUCCUGCAUGUCGCUCUGGAGAAGAAAGAGGCUUUGGUGGGCUGCUGUAUUCACAUCGCCUGUCGACAGCAUAACUGGCCUCUGACCAUGGGCACCCUGUGUUCCCUCCUCCAUGUGGAAGCCACCCUCUUCUCGACUGUCUACCUGCAGCUGGUGAAAGAACUACAGCUGGAUGUUCCCACCCUCAGCCUGAAGGAUUUGGUGACAACUCACUGCAAUGGGUUUAAUCUGUUCCAGAAUUCCAGGUUGAUUCCGCCCCAGUUUUUAGAAGAUAAAGACAAGGUGGUGGAUCUUGCAGUGCAGUUGGUGGAACUGGCCAGUGAAACGUGGCUGGUGACAGGGAGACACCCUGUCCCCAUCAUCACAGCAGCAGCUUAUCUGGCUUGGCAGUCCUUGCUCCCUGCGCAUCGUCUGAAGUGUAGCAUGGGAAGGUUUUGCAAGCUGGCUGGAAUUACAUUGCCACCACCCACCUCUCAGCGGUUGAAAGAGAUCACUGGUGUUUUAAUCAGGCUAGCAUCGCAGCUGCCCUGGCUGAGAGGUCAGCAAGUCGAUGCUAAAACUGUGGUGAAAUAUACCGGCGAUAUUCUUCGCCAUCGCACCUUAUUACUGAGACAGACACUUGACUGCGUUUGGACUGAAAGUGCAAGUGCACAGACAGAUUCACAGGAAGAAUGUGUGUCAGCAGCUGGCGAGAACAGUAGCUGUCACCAGGCACCGGAGACAGGGUCAAGUCGGAAACGCUCUGCGCCGGUUUUCCUCCCUCCAUGCCUCACACAAACAAAGAGGAGGAAUCUGAACCUGGAGCUGGAGAGAAGCUGCAGUAAUCCAACCACUGGGGAGGAGGAGAUAUCAGACAGUGAAAUCGAGCAAUACCUAAGGACUCCGGAAGAAGCUGCGACAUUCCAAGCGGCAAAUGCCAUUCUCUAGCUGUUGUAUUCUCACCCAGUGAUGCUGCUGUUUGUGGUCGUCAGUCCAAGAUUCAUCACUAGACCGUUAGAGGCAAUGUGGGGGAGUACAGACUCAUUCCAGCUGAAGAUAAUUCCAUUUGACUGACAACAAUGUGAUCAUUCUGUCAGCACUUUGACUAGUUUUUAAUAAAUUGAAUGAGCUAGUGCAUCUGUAGCCCAAGAGUUGGUUCUGUUUGUCAGUCUUCCUCUGAAAAUUACAAGACCCUCUCCUGGGACUUAUUUGCAUGCCCUAGCUGCAGUCAGUGAACUUGAUUCAUGGUUUAAGGCUCUUGGGAAAUUUGCCUCCAUGAAAAGAUGGGACCCUAACAAAAUGUGUCUGAUAAAGAGUGGUUGUGUGCAAGUCCCACAGGUGCUUUGAAACAUGGCCAUGGUUUAUAUCUGCCACUCUGAAGUGAAAAGUUUAAGUCAGAACAGGUAUUGGUCAAAAGUAAACUUAAAAAGCUGUUACCUGAUGACAUUUCAUCUCACGACUAAGAUGUUGGGAAAGGUAAUGUGAGAGAGUGUGUGUUGAAGAAGUGAAUUGAUCCAGAGUCAGCUGAACACUCUCAAAGGACAAAUCCAGCACUUGCUGAAAAUGAAAAACCAGCGAUGGUCACAGAAUGAAACCAGGUGAAACCUUCUGAUGUUUUGGGUAUGUGUCUGAUUCACAAAUCAAAUCUUUGUUAUUAUAAAGAAUAUACCAUUCUUCACAGGAAUGCACUGUAAUAAAAUCCACUAACACUGAAUGUUAGGUUUUUCUUUAUGAAAUUUACCUUAAUUAAACAUUUGUCCAGGAAUGCCUCCCUUUUGCAAAUGGAGAGCUGAUUGUGUACCCUUACUCUUGCAAGCAUUGGGAUCAUCUAUCCAACUCCAGGACUCACCAGCACGAGGGCCUGAUCGGUGGGCAUUUGAUAAAGUCAUUCAUUGCAGUCCAUCUAUGGUUUAGGGAACUACCUUCUGAGUUUUUAAGUAUUUGCCAACAUGUCAGUCUGCAAUUCAGUGAGGUGGACCUCGAGAGUGCAGACAUUUAGUAACCUCGAAUCUCAGACCUCCAACAAGUUAAGACUACUUGAGUCUUGGAGGAUUACUCAGAACGUGAGCAGUGCACCACAGCAGUGAGUGAUUUCAAGCUUAACAUCAACCACCAAAGACCACUAACAUUUAUUCAAUUAGGUGGAGAUUUCAUUCUCUUGCAGACACUGUUCUAGAUUCUAAGUAAACCAUGCCACCAAUCUCAAAUUGAGGGAAACAUUGUUUUAAAUAAUAGGGAAUCCCCAUUAAAAUGCUGCUUGUACCAGACACCAGCUACAACUAACUUAGCAGCCUUAACACAGGACAACAAAGAUUGUGUUUCCUGAAUACUUUUGGGUAUAUCUUAUUUUAGACUGCUGAUCAUGAAAAUCACCAUGAAAUUUUCCUAUCACACACCAUUUUAUUUUGGAAUCGCCUAUAUUUGUUAUUUCAAUUCCUAAUUCAAGUCAAUUAAAACACUGCCCAAAAUGUAAGCUGAAAAGUUUUUCAUCUUGUCCAGACAAGUCUGGGUGUGCUUUGGGAUGCCAGCAAGA